CCCUGGCCACGGCGGACUCCUGGACAGAUUCGACUCCUACAUCUUCACCGGAGCUAUUGUGUAUUUCAUCCUGAAGUUUGUCACUCCCCUUUUUGGUCUGUAGGCUUGACCAGCGGAUGCUCAUGCGCUCAGCCUGGUUGCCCAUCAUCGAAGUGCAGCACAGCAAGUGCAAAUAUAGCAGAAGCAAACUUGCAAAAUUCGCCGGUCAAUUUUGCUUGAACAGUAUAGAAGCGUGCCUAUCAAGUUCACAGGACAACUUCAAGGCAGAGGUGUGAGCUCCGUGCAAAUGCAUAGAACUGGACGUUUUUAUGAGGUUAUGUGUCUAUCUGUGUGGCAACGCAUUGAGUACUCAAAUUUUUUAUACGAUACUUUCUCACAGCAGGGCCUAGGCAUGGGUAUUGUAUGCCCUAGGUGCAGGCCUGCAAGGAUAGACGUUUGCAUAAUAUGGAGUUGUUGCUGCUGCACCUGAGCAUCACACAGCGCAGCCAUUCUGUUGCAGCUGGCUGGCAGCUGCAGCAUGGUUUUGAGCAAUUCACCGAGGUUUUGACCACUCUGUUCCCUGUCUGGGUUUGCUUGGGAGCGGCGUUGGGCAUCUCGCGCCCCUCAGCUCUGCUUUGGUUCAAGAGCGAUCUCUUCACAUAUGGCCUGGGCUUCUUGAUGUUGUCGAUGGGCCUGACACUCACUCUGGAUGACUUCAAGCAGUGCAUCAAAAACCCGGUGCCGAUCGGUGUCGGAUACCUGGCACAGUACAUCGUGAAGCCCCUUCUCGGAUAUCUAAUUGCCAAGGUACUCAACCUUUCUCCACCUCUGGCUGUUGGCCUCAUCCUGGUGUCAUGCUGUCCCGGCGGCCAGGCAUCCAACGUGGCGACAUACAUCGCGCAUGGCGAUGUGGCCCUGUCAGUCCUAAUGACAACAGCGUCCACCCUGGGAGCUAUCAUCAUGACUCCGCUGCUCACCAAAACUCUGGCGGGCACGCUCGUCCCCGUUGAUGCCGUGGGCCUAGCUAUGAGCACGUUCCAGGUUGUUCUGGUUCCCACCAUACUGGGUGUCCUGACCAACGAGUUCUUCCCCAAUAUUGUGAAGAAACUGAAGCCCAUCCUGCCCCUGAUCGGAGUCGCGCUCACCACACUGCUGUGCGCGUCGCCAUGCGCGCAAGUCGCCACCAUUCUGAAGGCUCAGGGCCUGGACCUGUCAAUCCCUGUGGCUCUGCUCCAUGUGGCAGCGUUCUCUAUGGGCUACUUCAUCUGCAAGGGUAUUGGAUUCAAUGAGAAGACCUGCCGGACUGUCUCCAUUGAGACGGGGAUGCAAAGCGCAGCAUUGGGAUUCUUACUGGCACAGACCCACUUCACUGACCCCUUGGUGGCUGUGCCUUCCGCCGUCUCUGUGGUGUUCAUGGCCCUGGGAGGAUCUGGCCUGGCUGUGUUCUGGCGCAACAAGCCCACACUGGAUGGUUGA